AUGGCGGGGAAAGCCUUCCUCUGCUUUUCUGUGCUGAUUCUCCUCUGGGCUGCUACAGCUCUCAGUAUGUCAGUCUUUUACAGCAGCCCAAAGGCACAUAUGCUCUUGCGCUCCAGAAGAGCUAAUAGCUUCUUAGAAGAACUCAAGCCUCCCUCCAAAGAACGAGAGUGUGUGGAGGAGCGAUGUGACUUUGAGGAGGCGAGGGAGAUCUUUCAUACCAGAGAGGCCACGUUAGAGUUCUGGACUGUGUAUGAAGGUAGUACAGCUUCUAACUGCUCGGUGAACAAUGGAGGCUGUCAUCAUGAUUGCUAUGAGAGGAAUGACCGACAUGGGCGCUACUGCACCUGUAUCCAAGGUUACCAAAUCCAUGAGAACUCCAGAGAGUGCCUGCCCAAGAGUGCUCAGUCAUGUGGACAGAUCUUGACUGCCAAGUCAUCCUUUGCCACCAAGCGCAUCGUAGGCCUACAACCAUGGCUAGUGGGAGGGGAAAUUGGCCGAAAGGGAGAGAGCCCUUGGCAGGCUCUCAUACUGAAUUACAAAGGACAUUUUCACUGUGGUGGUGUUUUGAUUGAUGAACGAUGGGUUCUCACAGCCGCUCACUGUCUCGAGAGAAGCCUGCGGUUCAGCAUCAGACUAGGUGAUUAUUUACGUUUUAAGCAUGAAGGAACUGAAGAGACCAUUCCUGUAACAAACGCCAUCCCCCACCCAAAUUACAACCCCAUGACUGCAGACAAUGACAUAGCCCUUCUACACCUGAACUCACCGGUGAAAUUUAACACCUAUAUCCUGCCCGCAUGCCUCCCGAGCCGCAGCCUGGCUGAGCGCGUGCUGCACCUCAACGGAACCCAAACUGUGGUGACAGGCUGGGGGAGGGAAAAUGAGACGACCAACCGCUACAGCGCCGCCCUCAACUACAUCACCAUCCCCUUGGUGGACCCCACCGAGUGCGCUCGCCACAUGACUAACAACAUCACGCAGAAUGUGCUGUGUGCUGGGAUGCUCAAAGUGAUGAAGGAUGCGUGUCAUGGAGACAGCGGGGGACCGAUGAUGACUCAGUACCACAACACAUGGUUUCUCAUUGGCCUCGUGUCAUGGGGGGAGGGUUGUGGCCGCACAGACAAACUGGGUAUCUACACCAAAGUCUCCAAUUAUUUGGAGUGGAUAGAGAGCAUAGUGUUAGGUCCUUGA